AUUGGUUGCAAGCGCAAGUGGAAUGAAGUGGAUGAAGACACUGUUGGUCUUGAAGAAGCAUACGGGAUCGUUACGGAUGCUGAGAAGUGGUAUUUUCUCCAUUGCAAAGUGAGCAACGACAAAGGGACCGAAUUUGAGUUGUCAAAGCCCCCCGUCACUGUUAAUUGGUUUGGAACUGUGGAAAAAUACAGGGCUGAUGUAAAAAUGGUGUUAGAGCAUAUCCUUUGGUUAUUGAGCAAAAUGGAGGAAGCAGAGGCCAACAUGGGAAUUGGUUGGGUAAAUGCUCCUAAAGAUGAGACGAGAUAA